AUGCAUUAUCAGAUACCUGCUAGCAGUGAAAACCAAGACUACAAUGGCUUGGAGAAUGCACCAGAGGGGCUCUGCGUGGAGCAUCGGCUGCCAACUGAGCGCCGUGUAGCUUUUGAAUCAUUUGAGACGGGCAAGAGGGUGUUGGAUUUCAGCUCUCUGCAAGCUAAGGAGAAGAGAGAUGAGAGAGCCAGUGCAUCAGUUGUGGCUGCCAUGAAGAAUGAGAUAGGGAAGAAAGAGGCAGAGAACUUCAAGACGAAAGAGAAGUACAAAGUGCUGAUGAACCUGGUAGAAGCUCAAGGUAGUGUCAUUAGGAACCUGAAGAUGAAUCAUUUGAAAGAGAAGGAACAGCUAGCUGAAGGCAACAACAAUUUAAAGAUCCAGGUUGAUGAGCUCACCAAGUCUGUGAAAAAAGUCACAAAAGAGAAUGUGCAGCUGAACCUUCAUAUGUCUGAUCUCAAGAGGGGACAUGAGAAUCUGAUAAAACGCAGGGAUGAGGUAAAGCUCCAGCUUGCUGUUCAGUUGAAGUCACUGGAGAAGAUCAAAGAAAAGUUGAAGUUGAUCCAUGACAUCUUGAAGGAAUGA